AUGGAUCGAACGCAAAACUUAGAGAGGGCAGCAGAGAAAUUACUAUCUUGUCGUAACGAAGACACAAGAGACAUUAAGAUCGAAAACUGCAUUGGCUUCAUACGGGUACCCCUUGGUCUAGCUGGCCCGCUAACCAUCCACGGGGAGUCAAAGAGGACGGUAUACGCUCCUUUGGCGACAGUCGAACUAACACUUGUUGCAAGUUGUUCUCGAGGCUGCAAAGCCUUCCAAGCAACUGGUAGCAUCCAAGUUAUAACCUUGAGCGAGGGCUUAUCUCAUACUCCUGUCUUUAUCUUUCGAACCGUCAACGAUACUCUCCAGUUCUAUUACCGCGUACCGACGCUCAAGCAUUUAUUCGAUGCAAGCAGUGACAAGACCAGUCGAUAUGCGCGUCUUAUCGAAGUCACACCACACAUUAUUAGCAGGACCGUUCAUAUCAAAUUUCGGUAUACUUGCGGCGAUGCAGCCGGACAGAACAUGGUAACCAUUGCCACAUACCGUGCUUGCCAGGACUUCCUUGAUUCUAUUUCUAGCAAGGACUUGGGAAUUGUCGACUUCCAGAUCGAGGGUCAAUUUUCAUCCGAUAAAAAGUUAUCGUGGGGAAAUGUCAAAGAUCCUCGUGGCAUCGAAGUCAUGGCCUGGGGUACUCUCUCUAAUCCUGUCUGCCGCGAGAUUCUUGGGUGCAGUACAACCAGACUGCGCUCUGUCAUCGCCAGGUUUGAAGACGAGGGAAGCCAAAAGCACCCCGUAUAA